GUCUGAGCCGACUGCUACAACAACUGUUCUCCUAAUGGCAUGAACUGGCUAUCUGCGGCUUUGGAGUGAAAACACUGCAAUUUAAGACCUCCACCUUAAUCCGGCGCCGCGAUCGACCCUUCUCAUUCCUCCUCCCGUCAACAAAGCCACGUUCCCCACUACAUACUCCACGUUGAGCCGAUCUUGAAUUCACGAAGCAUCCACUAUGGCACCAAGUGCAGUUCAGAACAACGACACGAGCGCGAGCAAUGGAGCCGGGCUGAAGGCUACUGCACAGGCAUUCCACCCUACUGGCACUCCUGAUCCUGCGAAGUAUCAUACCGCGUCGUCGACUGAGGCUAUAAGCGUAGAGGCGAAGUUCGCGGCUCACAAUUACCACCCGCUCCCUAUUGUUUUCGCUCGAGCAAGCGGUUGCUCAGCUUGGGACCCCGAAGGGAAGCACUACCUCGAUUUCCUCUCCGCAUACAGUGCCGUAAACCAAGGCCAUUGCCACCCUGAGCUUGUUAAGGCGUUGACCGAGCAGGCCUCAAGGCUGACCCUCAGUAGUCGAGCAUUCUAUAAUGAUGUGUUCCCACGCUUUGCGGAAUUCGUCACCCGAAUGUUUGGGUUCGACAUGGUGCUGCCAAUGAACACGGGAGCAGAGGCUGUCGAAACGGCAGUGAAGAUUGCACGCAAGUGGGGCUAUAAGAUCAAAGGAAUACCCCAUAAUGAGGCUUUAGUGUUCUCCGUGCGGGAGAAUUUCCAUGGACGGACUUUCGCUGCCAUCACCAUGUCCACCGACCCUGAAUCACGCGACAACUAUGGCCCAUAUCUACCAAAUAUUGGAAGCGUUUGUCCAGCCACUGGUAAACCAAUUAGGUACAACAACGUGGACGAUGUCCGAGACGUUCUUGAACGCCACGGGAAAAACACCGCUGCAUUCCUAGUGGAACCCAUUCAAGGUGAAGCUGGUAUUGUUGUUCCCGAUGAUAACUAUCUUCGGGAAGUCAAGACACUCUGUGAAAAGCACAAUGUGCUAUUGAUUUGCGAUGAGAUCCAGACUGGCAUUGCACGGACUGGAAAAAUGCUUUGCUACGAAUGGAGCGGGAUCAAGCCAGACCUUGUCCUACUUGGCAAAGCUAUCUCAGGUGGGAUGUAUCCCGUCUCCUGCGUCUUAGGUUCCAAAGAGGUAAUGCUCACUAUUGAGCCCGGCACUCACGGUUCGACAUACGGCGGCAACCCAUUGGGCUCCGCCGUUGCUAUCCGAGCACUGGAACUCAUUCAGGAGGAAAAUAUGGUUGAGCGUGCUGAGAAGCUAGGUCAAAUGUUCCGCGAUGGAUUAAAGAAGAUCAGCAACCCGAUGAUCAAGAUAAUUCGUGGCAAGGGUUUACUAAACGCUAUUGUUAUCGAUGAGAGCAAGACGGAUGGUCAUAGUGCCUGGGACUUGUGUAUGCUCUUCAAGGAGAAGGGAUUGUUGGCCAAGCCAACCCACCAAAAUAUAAUUCGUCUAGCCCCACCGCUCGUUAUCACCGAGCAAGAAAUCGAGACUGCUCUUAACAUCAUUGCGGAGGCCAUGGACGAACUGCCGAAGCUAAAGGGUAAGAGGGAGAAGGAGGUACUCCCCCCUGGAGAGAAGAACGUUCACAUUGGAGUAGACAACUAGGAUUCGUGUACCCAAUUUUUCCUUGGCGAAAGACUUAUAUGCAUCGGCAUGGCAAAUUGCUCGGAGUUUCGGAAGAUGAUAUGGCUCACUGACAAGACCAAAAAAUAAACUCAACCCUUCUACGCAAGGUCACACAAUAGUAUACCUUGUCUUGUGUAACACUUCGGGAUAUUGGAAGAUGGAUAUGGCCGAAGGGUGGAGUACCCGUUUGGGUAACUUUGAACAGCGGCCAGAAUGGAGAGUCAUGUUUCAGGAGAUGAGCAUUCAUUGGAUAGGUCGUUUUGAUGUACCUAGACUUGAGAAAUCCAGCAAAUCAUUUUCCAGAA